UCACUCCAUUGCUCCAUCUCUUUGCUCGCGCGCGCUCUCUUUUCCUCUCCCCUUUCUUCCCCUCUCCUCUCUGUCCCUCCCUCUUUCCCUCUCAGUUUGUUAUUGACCCAGCAGCCCUGUCCCCUUGGCAGCGGCGGCGGCAGGCAUUCCUUCUCCCUGUGCGGUGCACUGCGUGCCAGGUCCCUGCUCCCGCCGGAUUGGGGGCUCAGUGCCCACUGCGCUCUGCUUGGCGGUGCUGCCUGGGUUUCUCCAGGAAUCCCAGGAGCGGCUCAUUGGACAGUUUACAGCUACUUGAUUUCAGGAUCUCUAGGUCAGGGUGAAAGAAGCUGCUGCAGCAUGAAGCCCUGAGCCAGUGAGUCUUACUACAGACCAGCUGGCAGACACCAAGCUUUGCGACUCUCACCUCAGGCCAAGGUGAGGGGAAGCAGGGGCCGCCUGGCAGCAAGAGCACCUGAGGAGGGCCUGCUCCCUGCCUCCUCGGGGCCAUGGACUGACCGGCGGUGCAUACCAAGGGGCUCCUCUGUCCCCAGAGGUGCAGGGCUGUGAGAGCUGUGGCAUUCACCAUGCUGGCCCUGGGCAGUGGCCCUGAGCAGAGGACCAGGCUGGCCCUGCAGUGGAGGCAGAUCUCUUGGAUUGCCUGUUGGAUCACCCUGUAUGCUGUGGAGGCCCUCCCUGCCUGUCCUUUCUCCUGUAAGUGUGAUACCAGCAAUCUGGAGGUGGAUUGCAGUGGCCUAGGCCUCACGAUUGUGCCCCCAGACUUGCCUGCUGCCACCCGAACCCUCCUGCUCUUGAACAAUAAGCUGAGUGCCCUGCCAAGCUGGGCAUUCACCAAUCUGUCCAGCUUGCAGCGGUUGGACCUAUCCAACAACUUCCUGGACCAGCUGCCAAGCUCCAUUUUUCGAGACCUGUCGAAUCUGACAGAGCUGCAGCUACGCAAUAACAGCAUCAGGACCCUGGACAGAGACCUGCUGCAGCACUCGCCCCUGCUCCGCCACCUGGACCUGUCCAUCAAUGGCCUGGCCCAGCUGCCCCCUGGACUUUUUGAUGGGCUCCCUGCUCUACGCUCCCUAUCACUACGCUCCAACCGCCUGCAGAACCUGGACCGGCUUACAUUCGAACCCCUAGCAAGCCUGCAGCUGCUGCAGGUUGGGGACAACCCCUGGGAGUGUGACUGUAACCUGCGAGAUUUCAAGCACUGGAUGGAGUGGUUCUCCUAUCGAGGAGGGCGCCUAGACCAGCUUGCCUGCACCCUACCCAAGGAGCUGAGGGGAAAGGACAUGCGCGUGGUCCCCAUGGAGAUGUUCAACUACUGCUCCCAGUUGGAGGAUGAGAAUAGCUCGGCUGGGCUGGAUAGUCCUGGGCCACCCUGCACCAAGGCCAGCCCGGAACCUGUGAAGCCCAAACCAGGUGCCGAGCCUGAGCCCGAGCCCAGUACAGCCUGCCCCCAGAAGCAGAGGUACCGGCCAGUGAGCGUGCGCCGGGCCAUUGGCACUGUGAUCAUCGCUGGAGUUGUCUGUGGCAUCGUGUGUAUCAUGAUGGUGGUGGCUGCUGCCUAUGGCUGCAUCUAUGCCUCCCUCAUGGCCAAGUACCACCGAGAGCUCAAGAAGCGCCAACCCCUUAUGGGAGACCCGGAGGGCGAGCAUGAGGACCAGAAGCAGAUCUCCUCUGUAGCAUGAAAGAGCCCAGCUCCACCUGGCCCAGGGACACCAGCCCAGAGGCCUUGAAGCUGCAGCGCGUGUGGAUGGCAGCCUCCUGAGAGCCAAGGGAGCCUAAUGCAUCAUCACUGCCAGCCCCAUGGGGAUACCCACCACUUCCACUCCUGUAGCCUGCAGUCCAGGAACCAUUGCUCUGCGCCUCUCAACCCUCCCUCUCCAGAACCUCUGGGCCUGUGACCUCGGAUGGGGCCUUGGUCAUGCUCUGUGAAUGACCAGUGGCAUCUUGGGAAAACAGGUAGCCUUUGCUGAAGUUCACUGCCUGCCAACAUCUCCCACACAGACACAGGAGCAGGGCCAGGACUGCUGCGCUCUGCUCAGCGGCUUCAGUGGUGGGGCGCCCUUUCCCACGGUUUGGUUUGCUCAGUCUGUCAUUGCCCCUGGACUGGGCUCCAAACCAGAGCAUGAGUCACAGGUCCUGUUUGUUCUUUGUCUGAAACUACACCAAAGGGGGAGGGAUACCUGCUUGCAGGGCGGUGGGAGUAGCAGUGAGAAGAGAGCUGUGUAGGGCCCGGGGGUCACUGUUCUUUUUUCUAGGUCUGCCCCUCCUCAUGAGUCUGAUGCAGGACACUGGUUUUCCCAUGACCCACAGAGGGCAGGAGACAUCGGACUGGGUUCUGGCCCUAAGGCUGGGAGGGAGGUUCUCAAAUGGUGGCCCAGGAAGAGGUUGCAGAACACUGAGGCCCAGCGUCUGAGGAAGGACAGCGCAGGACUGGGCAAGACCAGCUUGCCUUGUACCCCUCAGCACUUCUAUCUCAAAGAAGAGCAUAGUGGGGGAGCAGGGUAGGAGGGGGGCAGAAAGGCCUUUGAGAAGACCAUUCUCCACCAAAGGGGGUGUAGAGGGAGCCCCAGCACAGGCUGCUAAAUGCCCUCCCUGGGGUGGGGGCAGUCUUCCUUCUUUUGGUUUGCCAGCUUAAACCAGAUCUGAGGAUUGCCUAAAGGGAAUGGGGGGAAGGUUGGAUGUUGUCAAUGGUGGUAUCUCCAUCUUGAGAUGGAAGAUUUUUAAAGGCAAAAUUAUA